AUGUCGGUGACGGUGAAGUGCGUGAAAAAACCCGAUCCCGAGUGCAAGGUCGUGAUCAACAGAUCCAACUGCUGGCCCCCGUGUCCAUCCCCCGCAGCCCUGUGCUCUCCGUGCCCCCAAACGAGUUGCACGCCUUGCUGCCCGCCGUGUCCGACGACGGCUCUGGUGCGCUGCGCCGUGGUCCAGGGUGGUGUCCUCUGGCAGGGGAUCGCCAGCGUGCCCUGCAGCCCCUGCUGUCCCCCUGCCGCCUGCUGCUACUAUUGUCCUGAUUAAUUUAGAGCCAAUCACUUCCCCAAACACGAUGUCACUUCAAUAAACUUUCGACUUUUUCACUAGAGAGAGAUAAGCGUCGUUUUAUUUUUCCACAAAUUUGUAUUUUGAAAAAUUUUCGCGCGCCUCGGCAACUGGACCAAUCAGCUUUCACAAGAGUGCAGGAGGGGG